AUGGACAAUUGGACCACGUUUCCGGACCUGUUUGAACAGUUCCUGACUGAUCAGCAAUCACCCGCGUACCCUUUCGGGCACCCUCUAUCUCACGAGUUUGUUCGGGGCAAUGAAUUAGCCUCGCACGAUUCUAUCUCUGCUCAACAAGCAACAAAUCUAUUCGAGCCGCUCAACCCCCUGAGCUUUGCUAAAGAGCAUCUCGUCCCUGUGCCGCAGAAUACGGGGAUAGUUUCUACAAAUGAUGCUGAGCUGACAGCUGCUGCCAUGGGUCCGCCUCCAAAAGGUCGGAAGAAGAAGGCUCCAACAUUACGUGCCAAGGAUUGGGAGCCAUAUAAAGCCCGAAUUCUUGAACUCCACGAUGCACAGGAGCUUCCCCUUGCAAAGGUCAAGGAGAUGAUUGAAGAAGAAUUUGGUUUCAGUGCAGAACUGAGACAGUACCGAACCCGUAUAACCCAAUGGGGCAAAGACAAGAACAUCAAACCAGCAGAAAUGACAGCAAUCGUCAGAAAACGACAGCAACGGAGGCUCGUCGAUGUUGAUAAAGGGGAGCAGAUCUUCUCCAUCAGGGGCAGGAAUGUCGAACCUCACAAGAUCGACAGGUGGAUGGUCAGACAUGAGGUCUCACAAACCUCUUUGUAUGCACCUAGCCCUGUAGCAUCCACCCCAUCUGCAAUCAUCUGCCGUACCAUCUCUGAGCGUGGCUCAGUGGCUCCCAGUCCUGUGUAUUCAACAAGAAGUCUAGGCUUCUCACCACGCACUAGAUCGACAAUUCCAAGUCCCACAACCUAUUCUCCCCUCGCCUUCAUGCCUGGUAUGGGACACCCUCAGAGCAGUGCUUUUGAUAUACAAGAGCACGCCUAUAUCUAUCAGCCCGCCAUCCCUUUGGUGGAUCAUUCGUCUGCCUCGAACGUCAUUCCUCUUGACCAGCCGCCUCGUCGUUAUAAACAAGUUGAGGAAGAAGGUGUCAGAGAAGCACUGUCUGUAGCAGAGAAUUCAUUUGGGGCUUAUCAUUCUCAGACACUAGAACUAAGAAUCAAACUAGGGGGUAUACUAGUUGAACAAGGAAGAUACAAGCAUGCAGAAGAAACAGCUCGGAAAACCGUGGAAGAUUGUGAGAAUAACGAGAACGCCCUCAUCAUCAAGUUCAAUGCAUUGCAACUUCUUAGCGAGGUUUUACACGUGCAAGGAUCUUGCCAUCAAGCUCAAAAGUUGCAAGAGUCGCUGUUGGAGUGGGGGAAGAUCAACUUGGGAGAGGGAUGUCUAUCUGUAUUGCGCUGCAUGAUAGAAUUAUCGUGGAACUAUGUCAACCAUGGGAAUACCGAGGAAAGUGAAGAACUUGGUGCGCAAGCGCUGAAGAUAAGCAAGGAGAUAUUUGGAGAGUCGCAUCACAAAACGAUGCCGACUGAACGAGGCUGGAGGGCUCGGGCUACAAUUGCUGACGAAGACCAUGACGAUUCUAGGAGACAGACAUCCUUUUACUAUCGGUUGCAUGUCUAG